AUGACUAUCGCUAUCGACUUCCAAACUGUCAUCUCUUCGGCUAUCGCAGCCGCUGAGUCCUCAGUUUCAGUCAUUUUAGUUCUCUUCUAUGGCUACAUCUCAAAUAAAACUGGUCUUCUCACAAAUAAUGGCGAACGUGCCAUUUCAAAACUUUGUGUCAACCUCUUUUUACCAUGUCUUCUUCUCACAACAAUGGGAUCACACAUCUCCCUCGAAACCCUCAUCAGCUGCUGGCCUCUUGUCGCCCUCCCCAUCAUCAUGAUGUGUGCUACCUAUACUAUUGGUCUCGUCAUUGUACGACUCUUCAAUCAACCCGUCUACAUUCUCCCUGGAAUGGUUUUCAAUAACGUCACCUCCCUGCCACUUUUACUACUUGCUGCCAUCUCUCAGUCAAAAGUCCUUAACCCUCUGCUUCACCAAGAUGAGACUGUAUCCCAAGCUAUUGUCCGUGCAAAGGCUUUUGUCCUUCUCCACUCAAUCAUCCAUAACCUUGGAAGAUUUGCUUUAGGCCCAGUCAUGCUCCGCUCAACAACUUCCCAAACAAUCUCACAAAAUUCGGCCUUGGUUGGCGACGAGCGUGGAAUCGCAAAGCCCGCACUCUCGGAACGAACGUCCCUCUUUUCUGCAAAAUAUGCUGGUGACGACAGUUCCGCUGCAACCCAAGCAAACUAUGGAUCCUCAUCAGGAUCAUCAGAAGAAUCAGGAUCGUCACCUGCUACCGUUGUUGCUUCGGACCAACCAACCGCUUCCGAAGAAGAUGAAUACUUUUAUAAACGAGCAAGACAACUUUCCCGCAAAUCGAUUGAUUUCGAUGAAACCCGUACCCUUCUAAGUAGAUAUCUCCCGGAAAACGACUCAACUGUUCAGCCUUCCUCUUCACGCAGACCUUCCCGCCCAGCCUCUUCCACUACAACCCCAGUUCUUUCUGCCAUUCCUGUGGAAGAGCAACAACAGCAAGAGCAAGAGCAAGAGCAAGAGCAAGAGCAAGAGCAACAACAAUCCCAGUCUACUGUUACCUUUUCGGAACCAGUGGCUCCAGAAGACCCCACUUACGAUGCCUCGUCUUACUCAUCUUCAGAAGAAGAGGAAUCUCGCAGCUUUUAUAGCAUCUUGCCACAAUCUGUCAUCGAUAUACUGGAAAGUCUUAAGCCUGGAAAGGAUACUCGCACUUACCGAGCAUGGAAGUUUAUUUCUCAGUUCCUUAACUCGGCUGUUGUUGCUGCUAUUGCUGCCAUCAUUAUUGGUGUGACCAAGUCUUUACACUGGUUUUUUUUCCAAUAUUCUGUCAUUUCCACUUCCUUUACACCUUCCGUCACAAACAUUGGUGAGCUUUACCCGGCUCUCCAGCUUUUCGCUUUAGGAUCUAAACUUACCACUACCCCGGAAAUCCCUCCACGCAAGUCUACUAUUUUCUGGAUCUCUCUUGUGCGAUUUGCAGUUGCCCCGAUUCUUUCAAUUGCAAUUGUUGUUUCAAUGAUUCGCUUUACUUCUGCUGAGUUUUGGCCAAGAGACCGUAUGCUCAACUUUAUUCUCAUGAUUGUGCCUGUGGGCCCUCCUGCCAUUACACUUGCAGCUGUUGCUGAAAUUGCAGGUGUCUCGCGUCAGGAAGUCUCGGCUAUCUCGCGCAUGCUGUUGUACAUGUACGUAGUGACACCGCUGGUUGCUCCAACCGUAGCCAUUGCUCUGUCUAUUGCAUAUACCAUUUGA